CAAACCCGGGGCGUCGUUUGAGGAGGUAUAAUAAUUUCAGAAACUCUCUCCGAAUCCUCACAAAGAGCUUUUAGUUGGACUUUUACGACCUUGCUUUCUUUUCGCCAUUUAAUCUGUGGAAGUAGGUAGUCAGAAAAAGGCGAGGACGUCUGAUUUCGAUUAAGAAUGAAACAGAAAUAGCAGCGAUCUACGAUCUGCUAUGGCUGAUCGUGCUUGCAGGAACUUUCAGCCAAAUGUCUUCAACAAGAGCAAGUGUCAAAAUUGUUUCAAGCUGCUAGAAGCACACAGCUCCUCAAUUUCCGGCCAAGAUCCCUCCUUUUCAAGUGCAACGAGGAGAAAUUCAACUCAAAAGGUUUAUCCAAGGAUCAGAACUGUGGUAAAAUCUGGCGUUCUCUGUAUAACAACCCAUGAAUCCCUCGAGAAGGGAAGAGUUAUUCCUUCGCGAUGGAAUAAGCGCUGGUUUGUUCUUAAUUCCACGGGGACCCUCGACUUUUUUUACUACGAUGAACAGAAGGGCUGCUCAACAGAACGACUUGAUGGAAACAUUAAUCUGGACUUCUGCAGCGGGAUGUUUAUUGGUGAAGCAGAUACUGGAGAGCCUUUUUCAAUUGGAUUGAAGCUGGGAAAGUCCACCUAUUAUCUGAAGGCAGAAAAUCGAUUGGAAUUAGACAACUGGUCGCGAGUACUCAAACCUUUUGUCCAGGCAUCUCAGGCAUUUAUUCCACGAAGAAGCUCAAGUAGUAGUUCUGCAGAGUCAGAUGUGUUUGCGCAUAGUACAUCAACAAGCCUUGGACGCGCUCCAAGCUUUGGUAAAUCCUCAGUGUCCAGAGUGAGCACAACUCCUCUUAGUACAAAAAGCACCACGGGCAAUGAAGAACAGCAAACAUCGUUGCAGCUAGAGAAACUUAAAGACGAAAACAAACGCCUGAGGGAACAAAGCGUGUUAUCCGUUAGGCAGAAGGAUUCGACACAUAUUUUAGAGUUGGAACUUAAAACAAAAGUGAGCAGAAUUAAAGAGUUAGAGAAGGAGCUCUCACAGUGCCGAGACUAUCAGAAGGCACUGCUAUUUCAGGAGAAAGAACUGCUUGAGGCCAGAACUAAAAUGAACGAUUUGAAACAACAAAUGGAAGAGAAAGAGAAACUUCUUCAGCAGCACAAAGGCAAGCUGUCGAUUCAUGCUAAGGAACUCGCCGAGGCCAAAGCCGACUUGCAGGAAGCCAAUAGUAUUAUUGGCAUUCACAGGGCGAAUAUUGAAUCGCUGAAAAAUGAACUUACUUCUAUGAAAAAUAUCUCAGGAAGUGGGAAGGAAAAACUGAUUGUAACUGGCGAAGAACCCGAGAGUGAUCAAGUGUUUAGUUUGAAAACAGAGGCCAGUGGGAACGAAGGCAAGGAUCUAGAAUCUAAACUUUCAGCUCUUAUGCAGAAACUAAAGCAAAACGAACGCGAGUUAUUAGUGAAGACUAGAGAACUCGAGAAAGCGAACGAAAGUCGGUCGAAAGUGGCAAAGUACACUCGGUCUUUGUUGCAGGAAUUGGAGUCGAAACUGAGUAACAAUGAGAGGAAGCUUGCAGAGACCGAAAAUCAACUUGUAAACAAAAACGUAGAACUCGAAUAUGAAAAGGGAAGACGGCUUAAAGUUGAGGAAGAGAACAACAGAUUGUUUUCAGAGCUUGAGUUGUUAUCUGAUGAAAGGAAAAAGGAUGGGCUUUCGAAGGAAGUCGUCGAACUUUUAAAGAGAGCAAAAGAACGAGUCGCAUCUGAAAAUAUUGUGCCAGUUAGAGAAAUGUCUGUGGAAACUGGGCUAACGUCAGUAAUUCCGAAAACUAAAGAUGACGAGAAAAGAACUAGUAAUGGUGUCUCAUACGUCGAGGAAAUUGAUAAAUUAAAAUCAGUUCUUGCUUCAGCGGAGAGUUCUUCGGAUCAGAGUGAUAGCGAGACGAGCUUUAGGUCGGCUAAGAAAGAAACUGAUCGUCUUAAGGAUCGUUUGAAAGUGCAACAAAGAGAUUAUGAAAGUUUACGAAUCGAGAGUAGCAAAAUUAGGGAAGAUUUGAAAAAGCGGGACACUGAACUGGAUUCCUUGCGCAAGGAGCUGAGAAAGUUGGAGGAUAGAAACGCAGAUGUAGUUGAGAAAAACCGAGAAUUAGAAGAAAGGCUUCAAACUGUGGAAAGCGAACUUACAGAAAGUAUGGAAAGGGAGAUAUUCCUUCAAACUGAGAAUGAAACCGAUGAAGGUGAAAGAUGGGAUGUGAAAGAACGUAUUGUGGGUUUGGAGGAGGAGGUGUCAAUUUACAAAGACAAAAUUGAUGAACUGGAAACAAAAUUAGUUGAGAAGGAAUCCAAAAAUGUAAACGUAGAGAAAGAUAGAAAUCGUGUGCACGAAUUAGAGCGUCUUUUGAAAAUUAAAGAGGAUGAACUGAAAGAAAUAGAGAGGCGUAAUUCUCGAAGAGAACGAGAGUUGAAGAAAGAGGAGGAAACAAAACGAGAUGAAAUGGAGAUUGAAUUAAGCCGAGAAAAGCUCCGACUUCAAGAACUUGAAGAGCAGUUCGGUCAGGUCCAAAACGCUUUGGAUUCUGAACGAAAUAAGUCGAAGGUAAAGGAGAAUGAACUUGAAGAACUCAGGAAGACAACCAGUCUCAUGGUGUACAGAGAGGACGCAGAAAGACAUAUAGAUGAGCUCGAAUCGGAGUUGAAAGAAAAAGAAGAUAAACUCUCUGAAAGAGAGUCUUCUCUGUCCAUUGCUAGCGAGAGAAUCGCCGAAUGCGAAGAAAAAUUGAGGAAUUAUGAAUUAAAGGCUAAAGAGUUUGUGUCAAAGAAUUCGGCUGAUCUGGAAAAGAAAAUUCGAGAACUACAAGAGGAACUGGAAGACAGCAGGGAAAGGUUGGCCGCAGCCGAAGAAAAACUGGAGGAUUUCGAAGUGGAAGAAAAACUUCUCGCUGCUGAGCUUCACAAAAGUGAAAGGGAAGACAAUGAUAAGGUUGACGAGGUGAGGAAGAAGUUGACGGAGGCAGAGGAGAAAAUUAAGAAGUACGAAGACUUUGCCAAGGACAAAAAUUCUAAACUUAUAGCGAGCGAGGAGAAGGUCAUCGAACUUGCUGAAGAAUUAGCGAGAAGGCUCGCCGUGGAACAAGAAACGGCUGAGUGGAUUGAAGGUGUUGAAAAUAAUCUUACUCAAAGAGAGAAAGAGCUUAAUGUCACGCGAGAAAGUUUGGUAAAUAAGGCCAAGGAUUUAGACAAGGAAAAAUACAGCAUUUUAGACGUUAUGGAACUGUCUAUGAGGUACAUUAAAGAGUUAGAGCUGGCUGUAGGUGAGGAGAGAGAGAAUGCCAAAGAACUCGAGCGACAACUGGAUGAUGAAAGGGCACGUGUAACUCAAAUGGUUCAAGAGAUGAAGAGCGUCGAAAGUGAAGGAAAUAAAAACCAAGACGCUCUGAAUGACAACGCAAGCGUGGAAGAAAGGUUAUCUUCUUGCGAGAUAAGACGAGAACUAGAAUCCACUCGAGUGAAGCAACUCCAGACAGAACUUGAAGACUCCAAGAGAAAAUUCGCCGAAGAGCUGAGUUCGGAAAGGGACUCGCACGUAAAUGAGAUGAGGAAGUUAAAUGAGGAGGCUUUGCAAGUCUCCGGAGCCGCUAAUUCAGAAGCCGAUGAGUUGAAAUUGCGGCUGACUUCCCGUGUGAUAACUCUACAGUCCGACAUCAGCGAACUGAAGGCUGCGCAUCAUCAGGAGUUGGAAAAACUACGGGCUCAACACAAGAAGGAAUUAGAGAACGCCAGACGGGAAGCCAUCUUGGAGACCAGUGCUAGAGAAGUGAUACGAGAAACUGAUGAGGACAUGGCGGCCAGAGUUAAGGAGGUGGAAGACGAGAUGAAAGAAAUGACAGAAAGAUAUGAAAGUCAAAUGGAGACACUUAAGAAGAGCCAUUCUCGAGAGAUGGACAAGCUCAAGCGGAGCAGCGGAGACGGUGUGGAUGGGCUACAGACAGAAGUGGUCCAACUACAGGUUGAGAUGGAGAACAUGAGCCAGAAAUACAUGGAGGAAAUUGAGAAUCUUAAGGUUCAACACGGAGAAGAACUAGAACAACUCAAACGCGACAUGGCUGUUGUUCUGCAGGCGUCUUUAGGAGCAGCACCUUCCUCAGCCAAAGACGACUCCAAUGUCCAGCUGCUCAAGAACAGAAUUAAUGAACUGGAGCAACAAACAGAAGAACUGAGCCGGAAGUACAACGAAGAACUCAAAGCUGAAAGGGAAAAACAACAGCGAGAAAUUGAGCAAACGCGUAACGACAUGAUGACAGUGAUCCAGGCAAUCAGAUCGGAAAAGUACGCCGACGAAGGUAGAGCAGCUUCUCCGCGCCAUCUUGAAGACCUGCCUGAAGAAUUGGCCAAGAUGCAGGAAGAAUACGAAGAAAAGAUCGCUAAACUGCAAGAAGAACAUGAAGAAGCCUUGAGGGAGGCGAAAGGAUCGAAGACAGUUGUUUCAAUGAAUUCCAUGAAAGGAGAACAAGAGAAUGAUUCCCAGCUUAAAAAGAAAGUCAGACAGUUAGAGGCGGAGUUGUUGUCUUGUAAGGAGGAAUUUCAGAAGCAGCUGCAACAGAAGGACACCAAACACGAUGAAGAAGUGAACUUGCUGAAGGCCGACAUGUUGGUAGCUCUUCAAGUGGCUCGGAGUGGUAAUUUGCCCCCAGCUGGAGCUAGUCAACCAGAUUCCCAGACUUCUAGCAGCACCAUCACUCACGGAGGAACAAAGCUCUCCUUAGAGGAAGCUGUCGCGAAAAUCACCAGUUUGGAAAAGACAAUCGAAACCACCAAGAAACAAGCUAAGAAGGAAAAAUCUGAUUUAGAAAAAAGCUUGAAAAAAUCCGAGGCUGCCACAAUGUUUGGACUGAGACGAACCGAAGAGAUGAGCAUAAAGAUUUACCAAAUGCAGAAAGAAAUGGAAAUUAUUGACCGCAAAUAUCAAAAGGAGAUACAAAUGUACAAGGACGCGUUUGAACGAGAGAAAGAGGAGAAAUGCCAGCUGGGAGACUGGGAGACACUGUCCUCCGAGAACGACAGUCUGCGACUGGAAAUCGAAGAACUUGAUUUGAAAAUCGAAGAAAUGGAAAAUACACACCAGGCCGAGAUCAAUAUGUAUAAACAAAAGCUCGGCGAGGAGGAAAUGCAAAGUAUCGAGAGCUUAAGAUUGAAAAUCAAGAGCUUAGAGGAUGUUAUUGAAGAACAAAAGUUAGAGCAUGAGAAAGAGUUGGAAGAUUUGAAACUGGAAAGAGACGCAUCCGUUCAGGAAUUAAAAAGACGACACGAAAAGGAACUUGAGAAUGUCAAAAGUGAACAGCGAGUGGUGAACGUAGGGAGUAGCCAUACGCGUGCCACUUCUUUCGAUUUGCAACAAAAAGAUCUAAGAAUUAAAGAGUUAGAGCUCAAAGUUGAGGAGCAGGAAACUCUUCUUGAGGUGAAAAGACGAAGACACAAAGAAGAGAUAAAAAGUCUUCGUCAGAGAUUGGACGACGAAAUGCAAAAGCACACCGAAGAUGUUCGGUCGCACCGAACCAAGGUUCGGAUGCUGGAACGACGCAAAUCCGAACACUCGAUCUCUUUCGGGUUAGUGGACGACGAUUAUAAACGGAUGUACGAUGAACAACGUUCGGAGAAUAUUAAGCUUAAGUUUACUGUUGAGAAACAGAAGAAGGAGUUGGACGAUAUGCGCACUGCUUUGGCAGCUAAAGAAGAGAAAGCAGCAGAGGUUACAGAGAGAAGAAAAGCGUUUGGAGAAUCACGGCGCCCUGUUUCAGAUUCCUUCCCAUCAGGCUUUUCGUACAGCCGGACCACUCCAGCCCAGGACUCCUCCUCCCAACCCGGCAAAGUGCCUCUGAGAAAAGUAUCUUCGGAUAACAAGUCAGACUCAGAUCCUGUGUGGAAGAGGGCGUCAGGGGGACCACUGUCAAGACAGGCGUCCGAGGGAGGGUUAGGAAAACAUGAUGUUGGCAAGGGGAAAAUAUUUACAAGGCAACUCUCUAAAGGGGUUGAAGCACCAAACAUGGGCUCAGUAGCAGCUCGCGUGGCCUUGUAUCAAACUGUAGCUUCCAAGUUUAAAGAUAAAGAUGAAAAGACAGGACAAAGGAAGCCGUGAUGUAAAUCAAUUCUUGCUGAGGUCAAAUCCUCGCUCUCAAGCAAAGUUCUGCUCAACUUUGGCAAAUAUUCCAAAUUUGAAAUACAAUGUAAUUAUGUACAGGAAAAACUCUAUAAAUGUAUGUAAAACUAAGUAUUCUCGCUUAGGCGAAGAGAUACUUAAUAUUUUGUAUACGAGUUUAUUGUACCGAAAGUCUGAAUUUGUGAAAACAGUACAAAAGGAUGUCACCAAGGAAUGAGUAAUUUCUGUCCACAGUUUGUCAAUCGAAAGGUAUUUUUGUAAUGAUAAUAUGAUAGCUAUUUUUAUAAGGUUCCGUAUAGUGAAAGAUUCAUGCGGUAACCAUUUCAAUUUAAGUAUUUCGUUUAGGCUCACUGGCGCUUGAGUUUAGUGAAUAAACUUAUUUACUC